AACAACAACAACAACAACAGUGUCUCGAGUUUUCGUUGGCUAUAAACAAGAACAAUGGGAGAUGACUGGAAAUCCUGGAACUUCCGCCAGAGAGUUGUUGCCCAGUUGGAAGAACUCAUUCGACAGACUCCACCUGGUAAUCACAGGAAUGCUCAUGAGUUAGAACUUCAGGUGUUCCAAAGGGCCACCAAGAAAGAUGAAUAUCUCCAGUGCAUAGGACGUAUUGUAAUGCACAUGCGAGAGUUGGCUCAGAAUAGCAACCCUCAGAAUAAUAACCCUCACCUUGCAGAAGUCUUGACACGUCACCCAGGGCCUGGCGGUCAGAUGACUGGUCCAGGCGGUCAGAUGGGUGGACCAGGUGGGCCAGUUGUAACUGGUCCAACCACUCCCACCUUAAUGGCUGCUCAGCAGGUAAAUAUGCAAGGUGCACCAAGAAUUGGGCAACCGAUGCCACCUAACAUAACAAAUCAGGGAGCAGAUAUGGGCAGUUGGUCAGCUAAUAAUCGGCAACGAAUAAAUGAGAUGCAAAUGCCAGGUGUAAAUAAAAAACAAACAGUGAUGACAAUGGGUCCAAUUUCUCAGCCAGGGAAAAUUAACCAACUGCAAAUGACUAUUACAGGUCAGAGUGGAGGUACAACACAAAUUGGACCAGUCGCUGGCCAGUUAGUUAGUAAUGUAGGCCGUGGCACAGGUACUAUGCAGCCACGUGUUCCCUCUCCUGGGUUUCCACGUCAAGGAACACCCACACCGACAAGUGCUUCACCAGCUCCCCCAUUAUCUGCUCCAAACAGUCAGCCAUCACCUGCAUUUGUAUCUCCCUCACCAUCAUCUAGCAUGGUGCCCUCACCUGUUGGUGGGAGUAAUAGUGGAGGUAUGAGUAGAAAUGCUAGCCACCUCGGAGCUCCUUCUCCUGGUGGAAUGAUCAACACUCCUGGACAAACUCAGCAGCCUUCCCCUGCUGCUCAGUCAGCAUCCAGUAGUCAGGUAGAAGAUGCUGCUUACAGGGAAAAAGUGCGUCAACUCAGUAAAUAUGUUGUUCCUUUACGUCGCAUGAUUCAAAGAAUUGGAAAUGAAGAUGCAGAAAAAUCUAAGAAAAUGAAACAGCUUCAUGAUAUGCUGCAAAAUCCUACGCGGCGAAUGCCAAUGGAUACACUGUUGAAGUGUGAAAGAGUUCUGGAGAAGUUGGAUAUUCAUCGUGAUGCUGAAAUUGAAGCACCUGUACCACCAAAUAUGGAGACCUGCAUUGCUAACCUUGAAGAAGCUCUGAACACUGUUCUAAAGUCUCCAUGCGCUGCUCAUACAUUACAUCGAACAAUUUCCCCUGCAUUGUCAGUGCUGCUGGGUCCAACUUAUGUCACCUAUCCAGCAAAGCACUCUAAACGGGACAACCCUCUUCAACCUCCACCGGAGACACCAAACAUCAGUGAUAUUGUCCAAGGAGAGGUAGCUCGGCUUAAUGCUCGAUUCAGAGUAAAUUUAGACUGCCAGAUGCCCCCUGGAAGUGAUGAGUUAACUCUUAUAUGUCAACUUGAUGAUCCCAACCUUCCCUGUGUUCCUCCUCUUACUCUUACAGUUCCAGCUAAGUAUCCAGAAAAACCUCCUCGUUGUGACUUAUUGGCUGUAGAUUAUCAAACUACAGAUUUUUUGAAAAGCAUUAGAGAAAGUAUGCUGGUCAGACUGCAGAACAUGCCUCCUCACUGCAGUCUCACUAUGCUGUUGCACAGCUGGGAGAUGAGUGUGCGCCAGGCUUGUGCUCCAAAGUCGUCUAUGACUUCAGCGAUAGCUAAAGCCCUAUCAGUGACUGGUGCUUUUUAGGUUCAAAAUUCCUUUGAAUUCAAUUACUUAUAUUUGAGUAAUUUGACAUGCUUAAAAACAUAAGAAUGACACAUGCACACAUUCUUUAUAUGUGGUAUAUUACUUAUUGAUAUAUUGCAAUUUUUGUUUACAAUGUACUAAGGUAUAAUUUUUUUUGCACUUAUGAAAAGUCUGUAUACUAAUACAAGCUACAUUAGACCAGGGCUGAUAGUGGUCCAUUUUUCCUCUAGGAGCUGGAUUUUACAAAGGAAAAUUUCUCCAAUAAUGAGGCCUAAUGGAGAGAAGGGUUGAGGUAUUCAGAUUUGAUCUGAGGAAGAGGUCAAAUUCCAUGGAUCAAGAGCCCUUUCACUGUGGCAGGAACCCCAUAUAAAGGGGGUUUCAUUGCCUAGAUUAUUUUUUUAUCAUAGCACUAUUGUUGCAUGUUUACUUUUAACUUCUUUCUUUUCCACACCCUUGCACACUCCAACAUCCUCUGCAGCUUUACUUCCAAAUCUUUCUACAGCACUGACAUCAGCAGGAAGCAAAACUGAGAACUCUAAAUUUAUAUAUGAUUCAGUAUCUUUUAAGCUCAAACCUUUUCCCAACAAAUCAGUGCUGUAUUACCCUUGUGAGUUUAGUACUUAGUAUUUUAAUUUUUAUUAACACAUAAGCCAAUUCCCACCAAGGCAGGGUGGCCUGAAAAAGAAAAAAUUUCACCAUCAUUCAUUCCAUCACUGUCUUGCUAGAGGCAUGCCUACACUACAUUUACAAAACUGCAACAUUAACACCCCUCCUUCAGAGUGCAGACACUGUACUUCCCAUCUCCAGGACUCAAGUCUGGCCUGCUGGUUUCCUUGAAUCCCUUCAUAAAUGUUACUUUGCUCACACUCCAACAGCACGUCAAGUAUUAAAACCAUUUGUUUCCAUUCACUCCUAUCAAAUAUGCUCAUGCAUGCUUGCUGGAAGUCCAAGCCCCUUGCACACCAAACCUCCUUUACUCCGUCCCUCCAACCUUUCCUAGGCUGACCCCUACCCCGCCUCCCCUCCACUACAGAUUUAUACACGCUUGAAGUCAUUCUAUUUUGUUCCACCCUCUCUACAUGUCCAAACCACCUCAACAAUCCCUUCUCAGCCCUCUGGAUAAUAGUUUUAGUAAUCCCACACCUCCUAAUUUCCAAACUACGAAUUCUCUGCAUUAUAUUCAAACCACACAUUACCCUCAGACAUGACAUCGCCACUGCCUCCAGCCUUCUCCUUGUUGCAACAUUCACCACCCAUGCCUCACACCCAUAUAAGAGUGUUGGUAUAACUAUACUCUCAUACAUUUCCCUCUUUGCUUCCAUGGACAAAGUUCUUUGUCUCUACAGACUCCUAAGUGCACCACUCACCCUUUUCCUCUCAUCAGUCCCAUGAUUCACCUCAUCCUUCAUAGACCCAUCUGCUGACAUGUCCACUCCUAAAUAUCUGAAUACAUUCACCACCUCCACACUCCCUCUCUCCAAUCUGAUAUCCAAUUUUUCGUCACCUAAUCUUUUUGUUAUACUCAUCACCUUACUCUUUCGUAUAUUCACUUUUAAUUUUCUUCUUUUACAUUACCACACUCAUCCACCAACCUCUGCAACUUCUCUUCAGAAUCUCCCGAAAGCACAGUGUCAUCAGCAAAGAGCAACUGUGACAACUCCCACUUUGUGUUAAAUUCUUUAUCUUUUAACCCCAUACCUCUCGCCAAGACCCGUACAACCCCAUCUAUAAAUAUAUUGAACAACCACGGUGACAUCACACAUCCUUGUCUAAGGCCUACUUUUACUGGGAAAUAAUCUCCCUCUCUCCUACAUACUCUAAACUGAGCCUCACUAUCCUCAUAAAAACUCUUCACUGCUUUAUGUAACCUACCUCCUAUUCCAUACACCUGCAACAUUUGCUACAUUGCCCCCCUAUCCACCCUGUUAUAUGCCUUUUCCAAAUCCAUAAAUGCCACAAAAACGUCUUUACCCCUAUCUAAACACUGUUCACCUAUAUGUUUCACUGUAAACACUUGGUCUAUAAACCGCCUACCUUUCCUAAGGCCUCCUUGUUCAUUUGCUAUCCUACUCUUUGUCUUACUCUUAGUUCUUUCAAUACUAACUCUACCAUACACUUUACCAGGUAUACUCAACAGACUUCUUCUUUCUUCGUUCAACACACCGGCCGUAUCCCACCGAGGUGGGGUGGCCCAAAAGGAAAAACGAAAGUUUCUCCUUUUACAUUUAGUAAUAUAUACAGGAGAAGAGGUUACUAGCCCCUUGCUCCCGGCAUUUUAGUCGCCUCUUUCAACACGCAUGGCUUACGGAGGAAGAAUUCUGUUCCACUUCCCCAUGGAGGUAAGUGGAAAUAAACAAGAACAAGAACUAGAAAGAAAAUAGAAAAAAACCCAGAUGGGUGUGUAUAUAUAUAUGUUUGUACAUGUAUGUGUAGUGUGACCUGAGUGUAAGUAGAAGUAGCAAGACGUACUUGAAAUCUUGCAUGUUUUCUUAUUUUCAACACACCGGCCGUAUCCCACCGAGGCGGGGUGGCCCAAAAGAAAAAAACAAAGUUUCUCCUUUCAAAUUUAGUAAUAUAUACAGGAGAAGGGGUUACUAGCCCCUUGCUCCCGGCAUUUUAGUUGCCUCUUACAACACGCAUGACCUACGGAGGAAGAAUUCUGUUCCACUUCCCCAUGGAGAUAAGAGGAAAUAAACAAGAACAAGAACUAGAAAGAAAAUAGAAGAAAACCCAGAGGGGUAUGUAUAUAUACGCUUGUACAUGUAUGUGUAGUGUGACCUGAGUGUAAGUAGAAGUAGCAAGACGUACCUGAAAUUUUGCAUGUUCAUGAGACAGAAAAAAGGACACCAGCAAUCCUACCAUCAUGUAAAACAAUUACAGGCUUCCGUUUUACACUCACUUGGCAGGACGGUAGUACCUCCCUGGGCGGUUGCUGUCUACCAACCUACUACCUAGAACACAACAGACUUAUUCCCCUAUAAUUUUUGCACUCUCUUUUGUCUCUUUUGCCUUUAUACAAAGGAACUAUGCAUGCUCUCUGCCAGUCCCUAGGUACCUUACCCUCUUCCAUACAUAUAUUAAGUAAUAGCACCAACCACUCCAAAACUAUAUCCCCACCUACUUUUAACAUUUCUAUCUUUACCCCAUCAAUCCCAGCUGCUUUACCCCCUUUCAUUCUACCCACUGCCUCACGAACUUCCCCACACUCACAGCUAGCUCUUUUUCACUCCUACAAGAUGUUAUUCCUCCUUACCCUAUAUACGAAAUCAUAGCUUCCCUAUCUUCAUCAACAUUUAGCAAUUCCUCAAAAUAUUCCCUCCAUGUUCCCGAUACCUCUAAUUAUUUUUUUUAUUAACACAUCGGCCAUUUCCCACCAAGGUAGGGUGGUCCGAAAAAGACAAACUUUGAUCAUCAUUCACUCCAUCACUAUCUUGCCAGAAGCGUGCUCACACUACAGUUAUAAAACUGCAACAUUAACACCCCACCUUCAGAGUGCAGCACUGUACUUCCCAUCUCCAAGACUCAAGUCCGGCCUGCCGGUUUCCCUGGAUCCUUUCACAAGUGUUACUUUGCUUACACUGCAACAGCACAUCAAGUCCUAAAAACCAUUUGUCUCCAUUCGCUCCUGUCUAACACACACACACAUGCUUGCUGGAAAUCCAAGCCCCUCGUACACAAAACCUCCUUUAACCCCUUCCUCCAACCUUUCCUAGGCCAACCCCUACCCCACCUUCCCUCCGCUUCAGAUUUAUAUACUCUUGAGGUCAUUCUGUUUCGUUCCAUCCUCUGUACAUGUCCAAGCCAUCUCAGUAACCCCUCCUCAGCCCUCUGGAUAAUAAUUUAGAUAGUCCCACACCUCCUCCUAAUCUCCAAACUACAGAUUCUCUGCAUUAUAUUCACACCACACAUUGCCCUUAGACAUGACAUCUCCAUUGCCUCUAGCCUUCCCCUUGUUGCAACAUUCACAACAAAUGCCUCACACCCAUACAAGAGCGCUUGUGUAACUAUACUCUCAUACAUUCCCCUCUUUGCUUUCGUGGAUAAAAUUCUUUGUCUCCACAGACUCCUUAGUGCACCACUCCCCUUUUUCUGUUACCUAAGUGUUUUGUUAUCCUCAUCACCUACUCUUUCCUAUAUUCAUUUUUAGUUUCCUUCUUUUACAUACCCUACCAAACUCAUCAACCAACCUCUGCAACUUCUCUUUAGAAUCUACCAAAAGCACAGUAUCAUCAGCAAAGAGCAACUGUAACAACUCACACUUUGUGUUAAAUUCUUUUAUCUUUUAAUCCCACACCUCUAACUCUCCAUUUACUAAGUCUCUUCUCCUAUUUUUAACUGUCAAAUCCAUUCGUUCCUUAGGCUUUCUCAGCUUAUUAAUCUCACUCCAAAGCUUUUUCUUAUUUUCAACAAAAUUUGUUGAUAAAUCUCACCCACUCUCUCAUUUGCUCUCUUUUUACAUUGCUUCACCACUUUCUUAACCUCUUUUUCUUUCCAUAUACUCUCCCUCCUUGCAUCACUUAUACUUUGUAAAAACCUCUCAUAUGCUAACUUUUCCUCCCUUACACACACACACUACCAUUUAUUUAGUUUACAACUCCAAUUUUAUUAAAAUGCACUAAACUACAAUAUUUUGCCAGUAUCAUGUAUCCCUUUGUAAAUCUGACUUGCUAGAAAAUACACCUUCCCUACAGUUAUCUGGAUAUAUUUGAUGAUAAACACAAUUAUUUUUCACAUUUUUAUUUACAGUUUAGGUAUUCAAAAUAUUGAUCAUGACUGUUAAUGGAGAUUAAACACAGUACAUACAAUGUCUAGUCCUGACUGACCCACAUGGGUUCAGCACUUGUGACUGACAGCUUGAUCUAAACAAAGUUACCUAUAAUUAAUGUGAUUUUUUUUAAAGACUUGUAUUAUCCACAGAUUUGAAGUUCAGAUGUUCAGUAUGUUUCAAAGAUGAUUUGUUCAAUCCUGCCUUGUACUGAGAGGCUCUGAAUUCUGUACUAUAAACAUUACUUCAAUUACAAGUUUCGCUUUCUUCUG